AUGAGUUCUGCGGAGGAGAAAGAGGACCAUGAUAUGUACUGUGAGAAGGCGGUAGCCCUCAUCAUUGACCUCUGUCUGGACGACAGCCCACUGUUGCAGCCCAACACCUGCCAGGACUUCAUCACACUGCUAGCCACCAACCAGAACCCAAACUCUGCAGGGUCAGAGGGAGAUAGAGGAGAGUGUUCAUCACCGAAUGACUGCCCCCUGCUCCAACCUCUCCAACCUUCGUGUGUACAUCUCUCCUUCAGCCUCCUGCUUCUGGUGUUUGUGGCCUGUGGCCUGGGCCUGCUGAGCGUCAUCGUUUUUGCCUCCUGGAAGCUGUGCAGGGUGCACUGGCGCACCAAGGACCUCUCCUCCAGUGCCACUGCCCUCGCCCCCCCCUCCUCUGCCUCUGACAGACCCUACGACAGAGCCUUGCCCGCACACGGCCACAGGCCUACGCUCGUACACGCACACACGCACACACACGCCAUGGCGUCGGACAAGCUGAAUCCUUUGGACCCGGCAAGUUUCCUAGAGGCAGCUGUGAAGAUCAGCCACACGUCACCUGACAUCCCUGCCGAGGUGCAGCUGUCCAUGAAGGACCACUUCCUGCGCCGCACGCGUAUGUCCAGGCAGACCACCGAGCCCAACUCCUCCAAUAGGCACAGCUCCUUCAAGAAGCACCUCCCCCGACAAAUGCACCAUGUCACCAGCCUUGACCGAGGCAGCGACUUCCCCUAUACAGAGGACCAAUCCACCAGCCUAGCCAGUUUGGGCCGCAUCCAGCCAGAGCUCUACAAACAGAGCCCACUGGAGGCCGACGAGUCCUCCAAGAACUGCGCCGCCGCCAAGACCUGUGGUAAGAUCAACUUCUCCCUCAAGUAUGACUACGAGUCUGAGGCUCUCCUCGUCAACAUCCUCAAGGCCUUCGACCUGCCCGCCAAGGACUUAUGCGGCAGCUCCGACCCCUACGUCAAAAUCUACCUCCUGCCUGACCGCAAGCGCAAGUUCCAGACCCGGGUCCAUCGCAAGACGCUCAACCCCAUGUUUGAUGAGUCCUUCCAGUUCACCGUGCCCUACGAGGAGCUGGGCAGCAGGAAGCUGCACCUGAGCGUAUUUGACUUUGACCGCUUCUCCCGCCAUGACAUGAUCGGAGAGGUCAUUCUGGAGAAUCUGUUUGAGGUGUCGGACCUCUCCCGUGAGAUGGCCAUCUGGAAGGAUAUUCAGUACGCCACCUCUGAGAGUGUAGACCUGGGGGAGAUCAUGUUCUCUCUCUGUUACCUGCCGACCGCAGGCCGACUCACCAUGACUGUCAUCAAGUGCAGGAACCUCAAGGCCAUGGACAUCACAGGAUACUCAGACCCAUAUGUUAAGGUCUCCCUGGAGUGUGACGGACGGCGCUUGAAAAAGAAGAAAACCACCAUCAAGAGGAACACUUUGAACCCCACCUAUAACGAAGCUAUCAUCUUUGACAUCCCCCCUGAGAACAUGGACCAAGUCAGCCUGCACAUAUCCGUCAUGGACUAUGACUUGGUGGGACACAAUGAGAUCAUAGGUGUAAACAGAGUGGGCAGUCAUGCAGAGGGACUGGGCAGAGACCACUGGAACGAGAUGUUGGCCUAUCCACGCAAGCCCAUCGCUCACUGGCACUCUCUACUGGAGGCAAGCAAGUCUCAGAAAGAGUGGAAAACCCGCACUGCAAGCUUUGACAGCCAAGGCUCUUGCCCUUCUCCAAGACUCCUGUCUAGUCCAUGAGGGAGGAGCUAGAGUUUAUACUCCACGACUCUACAAAGCCUGCCCUGUAGCAAGGCCUGAAAUAUGGAGUGUCCCAGACCCAGACCCACACAUGUUGUGCCUCAGAAUAUGUAAAGUGCAGUAAAUUGCUCUGGAAUGACAUUAUCUCGCCAUCACACACCCACACACAUACACAAACACAUUUCUCUUGUGCCCUCUUGGACAGCCACUUUGUCAUGGUACGUAUAGCCUAGUGUAUACUGGGUCUGGUGGGAUCAUUGUUAUUGCAACAAUAGUUUUGCAGUUGAGCUCAGCCUGGUUUGGUUAUACACCUGUGGUUAACAUCUUUGUAUAUAUGUAAUGCCCUUUGAUACCGACAUCAAUAAUAGCACUGUAUUUAGAAUCACAUAUUUAUGAUAUUAUCAACAUGACUAUCCCCCUGAAUUUACUUUUCUGUUUCAAUUGUUACCUGUGAAGUGUUUGCCAAUAGUCUCUUGUUCAGGCAAUGUCAUGUACUUUGUUGAGGGAGUUGGCUUGACCUUUGACCCCUUUGCCUCAUUAGCCUUGUGAUAAGUGCUUGAAUCAAUGACUUUCCUCUGUUUUUUUCCAAGCAAUUUAGAGUAUCUUUCCACUUUUGUAUUGAACAUGUGUAUUUGUAACAUAACUGUUUCCAGGCGUCCCUUGUAUUUUAAAGAAGUGAUAAUAAAGUUGUCGAUUCUGGUUCUAACAUUCCAAAUCGAGUGUCGAUAUA